AUGAUUGCGAGGAAAGUCAUGCGCAAAUCUCAAAACGUCUCGCCGAUUUUUGUAAGAUUAUUGUCAUCAUGGCAAGCGAGAGAUAAUAUUUUCAAGAAUACUCCUUCGAGACCAGCAGAGUGCAGAUUUUUCAUUACAAGUUCUCCAUUCUUUUCUGUAGAAAAGAAGUCUUCCCAGGUAAAUAGAAGGCUAAUCCCCCCAUACGAUACCCAUCAUGCAAUAGUGCAACAACUUAGCCAGGAUGCACAAUUAGAAAAGACUGACCCCAGUGUACACCACUUUGCUAUGAUUGAAAGACUGCAUGACCUGGAGGAGCGAUAUCGUGUCCGUGGCUAUUCACUCCUGCGCUGGGGCCUGGGACUGGUUGUUAUGGGAGUGAUCAGCCUGUAUUUGUUCCGUGAAGAGCUCCGUGAGAAUGUUGCUGACGAAGUAGCUGAUGUUGCCAGCCGCUCAUUAGGUGAUGAAAAUGUUGUAAAUAAAGCAAACGAAGUUACCAAGCAAGUGCUUCAGGAUAUCAUCAACGACCCAGAAACAACACGCCUUGCAAGUAACUUUGUGAUGAGCGUGUUGGGCCAAGAUGAUGUUCGUAAAUCUGCCGUGGAACUAACUCUUUUCGUACUCCAAAAUCGUGAGACUCAGGCCAAGGUCAGUGAAGUAGCUGCACAGACACUAAAGGACUUGAUCAAUCAUCCUGAGAUGCGUGAAAUAUUUCUGGAGUACAUCAAACGGCUGUUGCUUGAUGAAAGCACUAAAGAUGUGUGUAAGGAUUUACUUCAGGGAGUUAUCAAUGACCCAGUAGUCAAGAAAUUUAUGGAGGAAUCAUUUGGAGAUCUUGUGGCUUCCUCUGUUGUUAGAAAUAAGGCUGUUGAGCUUGGUAAGACUGUAACACAUGAGGUUGUCAGCGAUAUUGAAAUACAAAAAGAGACCGGGGAUGCCCUGUGGACAGUGGUGAAAAAGACUGUAACACCAAGCUGGUUUAGCACUGAAGAGUGAUGACCAUCUUGAUCAUGUGAUCUUUCUCAUGCCAGUUUGGAGUCUGCCAUCCUGAAUUCUGGAUGUAUUUUUCUUUAAUGAUUUUAGAGAAAAAGAGCCAUAUUCUAAAAGAUCACUUCUAUUUAAAAUGACAUUCUAAAUCUAUCACAAGGUCUUUUGGCUGCCUUUUUAAGGAUCACAGCGCCCUGUUGCGCAAAAUGCAACUUUGCAACUUGUUACAUUCUGUACUAUGAUUUUUUUUUCUUAUCAUGAUUUAUUUUUCAGUAAUCUUCAUGUACACACCAGGUGCAUAGUGCUUGUCAUGUACAAACUACAUGAUGUGCGCAGUGUUCGUCAUGUCCACACAAAGAUCGAACGCGAUGUCACACAGUAAUGAGACUUCAAAACCA